AUGGGUGCACAAAAUCCUUAUAUUCUGAGCGGAUUAUCAGAAGAAAGCUCUUGGGAUUUAUUUGAACGGAAAGCAUUUGCUAGAGGUGCACAGAGGCCACCAAAAUUGGUGCAGAUUGGUCAAGAGAUUGUCAAGAAAUGUCAGGGAUUACCACUCGCUAUAGAAGUCUUGGUGUGUAUUAUGCAUUACAAGCGCGAAGAAGGUGAAUGGCAGGCCGUGUUGCAAAAUAUUAAAACAUGGAAGUUACAACAUACGAAAAAUGAAAUCAUGCCAGAGUUGUGGCUAAGCUAUGUUGAUUUGCCUACUCAUUUAAAAAAAUGUUUUGCCUUUUGCGCCAUAUUCCCAAAGGAUCGUGAUAUUGAGAAAGUGAAGCUGAUUCGGUUAUGGCUGGCUCAUGGGUUUAUUGCAUCUCAAAAAGGAAACGAUAUGAAGGGCUAG